UCUAUUAGAAUGCGUAAAAUGUUUGCUAUUAGCCACACAACUGCUCAAUUAGCUCCGUAAAAUAUGAAUUAAAAUAAACCGGCGGUAUUUUAAUAAGUUUCCAGGUUAGAACUGUUUUCCUUUGAGUUCUCUCUGUGCGUGAGUGUGAGCAGAGAGCAGUAAGUGUGCGCGAGGCAGGCUCGCGUUUAUUUCAGAGCUCUUAGCUCAGCUCUCAGUACUACAUUGAGCCUAUGUGAGCAAGGAUCCGGCUAGUCUAUUUAAACUCCCUACUACUUUUGUACAUGGAGCCGUAGUGUACAGUGACAUAUAUCUGAGGAUCGAGAUCCGUGUAAAUAUUGUGAUUACCCAGGUUUACGGAUUUAUAUCGUAUUCCCUGUGUUACGAAGGACCUGGAUCAGGUUUCCAAUCUGGUUCUAUUGUUGGCCUGCAGGCAGACCAUACUUCCGAACCAUACACUGCACAUUGCAGACAUACACAAUACACACCUAGAGGGAAAUAGUUUCUAGCCACCUCCCACCCUUAUCAUUCCACAGAUGUGAGAACACUAAUCAAAUCAACCUCAGGGUCUCUAAUACUUAGUUAAGUGAAUCUAAUUCUUGCUCCGGGUUCAGUUUUAACUCGGAGUGCAGGAUGCAGUUAAUGAAAGUGAUUAUAUAAAUAUGGAGAACUGACCAAGAGAAAUUUUUACAAUUAAUUUGGUUUGGUGCCUUUUAUCAUCAGUUUGUUAGCUAAAGUUUUGGCAAGAGGGUCGGAGACUCAGCUAGACGCCAGCAUGAGUGCCUUGUUCUCGAACCAUCGGAAAUGAUUGUGAUUGAUUAUGUAGACGGGAGAAAAGGAGUAAAUAUUAUUGAUGAUAUGACAACUAGGACGGAGAUAGUGUCGGAUCCAGGGAUGAGGAAGCUGAACCAGAACUACGUUGAACACAGCGUGGACGAGUCCUACACUGGCGGCGGGGGUAACGGGAACGAUAUCUUCAUAGAUCAUCAUAGAUCCAACAGGGAUUAUCACAAUGACUCCGCCUACAAGUCUAUGAGAGGUUCUAGUGACUCCAGCUCCGCCUACAGCGGCUCCGAUACCAUGCACAGCAUGCAGAGCUCCGUAGAGACAGAGGAGGUGGAUCUCUCUGGGCUGAUGGAGUCCGUCGUGGACUCCGACGAGGAGGAGGAUUUAUCCGAGUCCAUUGGAAAUCUGACAGUGAGGGAUGCAGUGAGGGACUGCCUGGAGAAAGAUCCCUCGGAUAGAAACGAGGAUGAUAUUGAGAUUCUUCUAGAGUUUACUCAACAUCUAAACGCGUUUACAAAUAUGACUCUCUCUGUAAGACGAGCCCUGGUCGCAACCAUGGUGUUUGCGGUUGUGGAAAAAUCAGGAACUAUAGUUAUGACGGACGGAGAGGAACUUGACUCCUGGUCUGUUAUAAUCAAUGGACAGGUUGAGAUAGAAACUAGUGAUAGAGAGAUUAGACAACUAAACCUAGGAGAUAGUUUCGGUAUUACACCGACCAUGGAUAAACUUUAUCAUUCAGGAAUGAUGAGAACUAAAUGUGACGACUGUCAGUUUGUUUGUAUAACACAGACAGAUUAUUACAGGAUACUCCAUCAGGGAGAGGAGAAUCAAAAGAGACAUGAGAAGGACGGAGAAGUUGUCCUGAUCACGGAGCAUAGAUCUCUUGACAAUGGUAUAAGAAAAGGUCACAUUGUGAUCAGAGGAAUUCCUGAAAGACUAAUGACCCAACUAGUUGAAGAUAACUCAACUAUUGAUCCCACGUACAUAGAAGAUUUUCUCCUUACCCAUCGAACCUUUGUAGAAGAAUCAGUGAUAGUUGCGAACCAGUUACUGGAAUGGUUCGCGGACCAAUCUCUCCGGGACAAGGUUACACGGGUUCUCCUUCUCUGGGUUAACAAUCAUUUCACAGACUUUGAAACCGACCCCAAGAUGAUGGCUUUCCUGGAACGGUUUGAAGCCGAACUAGAGAAAUGCAAAAUGUUGGGGCAACUGAGAAUGCUGAAUUUCGCCUGCACAGCGAAAGCUCGGAAAAGAACGGUUACUCUGACUCGCUCGUCUCGCGAGGAAGCUUUACAGUUCUAUAUUGUUGGUGGAUACGAGAAAGGUUUUGGAAUCUUUAUCUCUAAAGUUGAACCGGGAUCAAAGGCUGAAGAGAUCGGAUUAAAGAAAGGAGAUCACAUCCUGGAAGUGAACGGACAGAGUUUUGAACACAGUAUCAAGUACAGUCGAGCCACGGAGAUACUCCGGGGGGUUUGCCAUCUUAGUAUUACAGUGAAGAGUAAUCUCCUGGCAUACCAGGAUAUGAUCAACUCCGAGGAUACAAUCAAGACAGGGAGGAACAGGAGAUAUGCAAACAGUAUCCUACUGGAGUCUAGUGUAGAUGGUUCUCUACCCUCGGAGAACUACGGACACACCAAUGAUAUCUCGGCCCCGGUAUAUAAGUCUAAGAAGGAGUUGUAUGUUGGGAUGAACGGAUCAGGAGCUGGAGGACGGUUUCUAGCUCUUAGCUCUAAACAACUCCUGAACCGCGCGUUUCACAAAUUCCUGAGUAAACCGAAAAGUUUGAAUCCUCAUGAGAGUUGUUUAGUAGAGGAGAUUAGUCUGGCGGGUGGAUCAACCUGUAACUCUAAUGCCGGUAUGUUCCCCGUAAAUAACCUGAAAUCCGACCUGGAGCACAGAGAUACCAGUGCUGAGGAUAGAUCAGAGUAUCCGGAGCAUGUUCUCAAGGUUUACAAGGCAGACCAAACCUUUAAAUAUCUUCUCAUACACAAGGAGACAAGUGCUCAUGAAGUAGUGAUGCUUUCUCUACAGGAGUUUGGUAUCACGGAGCCUAGCACUAACUUUACUCUAUGUGAGGUUAGUGUUGCUGAAGGAGGUUUUAUAAAGCAAAGAACCCUUCCUGACCAGCUGAAGAACCUAGCAGAGAGAAUCGGUCUAGCGAGCAGAUAUUAUAUCAAGAAUGUUCAUGAAUCUGAAGCUCUGCUCCCAGACGAGUGCGCCCAGGAUCUACUCAAGGAGGCAAAUGUAACCAUGCUUCAGCUGAACCCUGUUGAGGUUUCAACCCAGCUCAUGGUCGAGGAUUUUACCAUAUUCCGACAGAUUGAAGCGACGGAAUACGUCGAGGAUUUGUUUGAAAUUAAAUCCAAGUAUGGAACACCGAACCUAACUACGUUCAGUGCUCUUGUCAACCGUGAAAUGAUGUGGAUUGUUUCUGAAAUAGUCUCCGAACCAUCCAUUCAUAAACGUAUGCGGGUAAUAAAACAAUUUAUAAAAAUAGCUCGACAGUGCAAAGAAACUCAGAAUUUCAAUUCCAUGUUCGCUAUUAUCUCCGGCCUGGGUCACGGUUCCGUCUCCAGGCUUAAAUCAACCUGGGAGAAACUUCCCUCAAAAUAUCAAAGACUAUUUACCGAGAUGCAGCAGCUGAUGGACCCCUCCAGGAACAUGAGCAGGUACAGGAACCUUGUAAACUCGGAGAACGUCCAGCCUCCCAUCAUCCCGUUCUAUCCGGUCGUGAAGAAGGAUCUGACCUUUAUCCACCUGGGGAACCACAGCAAGGUGGACGGCCUAGUCAACUUUGAGAAGAUGCGGAUGAUUGCAAAAGAGGUUCGAACCUUGACGAAUAUGUGUUCUGUUCCCUUGGAUCUGUUCUCAAUGCUAGAGCUAGGAGGACAACAACCUUCAACAGCAAUGGUUGCCAUGAAUCAGCUGACUACUGGUCAACACCUGGCGUCAAGAAGAGGAAGGAAAAAGGUUGCCGGAAUCCCGAAUCCUAAACGAAUGUUCGAAGAGGCCCAGAUGGUGAGGAGGGUGAAGGCCUACCUCAAGUCAAUGAAGGUGAUCACGGACGAGGAUGAACUCCACAAGAUGUCUCUUGAAUGUGAACCUCCCCAGGCUGGAAUGCAUCAACAUCAAACAGUUCUGAUUCGUAAACGGACCUCCAGUCCUUCUCCUUCUGCUGCUAGUAGUAACUCUUCUACUCCGUCACAUAAUUCAGAAGAUCGGAGAAACUUAAUGAUCUCUUCACAGAAGUUUGGAGCUGCCAGUCCUCAGGCGGUUAAGAAACUACUCGCUCUAUCCGAGCAGACAAAACCUAGACAUAAAUCUCAUCCCGGAGUUGAGAGAGAUCAACCCAGUCCUAGCCAACCUAAACCUGAAAGGGUGGAGCAACCAACCCCGGUCAAUCUAACCUCCGAAUCCAGCUCUGUGUCAGGGAGGCCAAAGGAGCGUAACGUGAGUAAGACCAAAGUGCGGAAGGUUCAGAACUCCAUUGGCUCCAUAACCUCGUCCGAUAGUGGUUUCAGUACGGAGAAGGAGAGACUGGAGCGGAACCAAAGUGAGUCUCCUCAGCUUCAAAACCGCAGGAGAUACCAUCAACACUACCAUAGACAACAACAUAACCAUGGAAUACCGUUAUCUGUGCACCAUGCUGUCCCAGUAUCAAUAUGCCCAGGUUCUCCGGGUAGAUAUUACUCUAGACACAUCCCUGCUCCAAGAAUUACCAGGCUCAACCAUCUUCCCAUCCAUGCUCCCUACUACAACCACCACCCGGAGUCAGAGGACGAUGAGACUCAAGUGUCUGCAGUAUGAAGAUCAUAAAGAUGGACCUGAAGAAAAUCUUGUUACCUGAUUCCAAUCUCUCUACCCUUCUCCUGAUACCACCCUGAGACUAGGAGAUAUUAAACCUAAACCAGUAGCAUGAGAUGAAACCUUAAACCUGUGAUAAACAAUUUACAUUUAUGUAUUUUUAUGUAAAUUUAAUUACUAAACUUGUCUCUAUGUAAAUUUAUGUCGUUUUCCAAUAUAUUUAUAUUGAAUUAUUAAA